GGCGGAGCUGACCUGGAAACCUCUCCUUGGCCACUGUCCUUUCUAAGGAGCUCACUUUCCCGAGCCCACCCACACAGAACUGGCAGGGGAGCCUCUUAGGAGUGGAGGCAUGGCCAUCUUCAGGCAGCUGUCCCUGGGCACCAAGGCCGCCCUGGCUGCUGGCACUAUCUUCGUGUCCAUGAUCAUCUCCCGUUCCUACCUGGCCCAGAGCCUUGAGCUCAGGGCCUGGCGGUGGCUGUUCCGCCUGCAGCUUGCCCUCUUUGCCAACUCUCUCAUGCUCCUCGGCUCCCUCUACAUCUGGCGGAGCACGGUCGGCAACCUCAGCCACUCCCCAGCUGCGGAGUCGGCCUGUUUCCAGCUUUGGAAGAUGGCCGUGGUGGCCUUCCUGGCCCUGGCCCAUUCCAGCUUCUUCACCAUGCUCUUUUUGGUGGCAGAGGAGCCCUAUCUCUUUUCCCUGGCUGCUUACUCCUGCCUCGGUGCAUACAUCAUCAUGGUCUUCUUCCUCUGUACCCUCAGCGGCAUGGAGCAGGCCUACCAGCUCUUGGCCUGGCGCGCCGGCAGGGCCGUGGGCAGCCUUGACAAGACCAGGAAGCUGGCGCUCAGGCCGGCGCUGGCAGUGGUGGUGACCGCCGUGCUCAGCGUGAUCGGGCUGCUGAACGCUGCCCAGCCCCCGGCUGUGAAAACUGUGGAGGUGCCAACCCAUCAGUUACCCGCCUCUAUGGACAACCUCAAGAUCGUGCUGCUCUCAGACAUCCACUUGGGCCCCACCGUGGGCAGGACCAAGAUGGAAAUGUUCGUGAGGAUGGUGAACAGGCUGGGGCCGGAUGUCACGGUGAUUGUGGGCGACCUCUGCGAUUCUGAAGCCUCCAUCCUCCGCACAGCUGUGGCUCCCCUGGGCCAGCUGCGUUCACGCCUCGGCACCUACUUCGUCACAGGGAAUCACGAGUACUACACGUCGGAUGUCAGCAACUGGUUUGCACUGCUAGAGUCACUGAACGUCAGGCCCCUGCACAAUGAGAAUGUGAAGAUUUCUGCCACCCGGGCCAAGCCUGGCGGGGUUGAGGGUGACGAUUGGAUCUGCUUGGCGGGGGUGGACGACAUCGAAGCAGACAUCCUGCACUAUUCUGGCCACGGCAUGGAUCUCGAGAAGGCCCUAGGGGGCUGCAGCCCCGACCACACCACCAUCUUGCUGGCUCACCAGCCCCUGGCUGCCAAGAGAGCCCUCCAGGCUCGGCCGGACAUUAACUUGAUCCUCUCUGGGCAUACGCACGCUGGGCAGAUCUUCCCCUUGAAUGUGGCAGCCUACCUCCUGAACCCUUUCUUUGCUGGUCUCUACCAAGUGGCCCAGACUACGUUUGUAUAUAACGCCUCCCAGAGGACGUUCGAGAUCGACUACAGCCACAACCGCUUCCUUAAGGAUGGCCAGCCAUUCCGCUACAUCUCAGGAAGCAUCCACUACUUCCGCGUGCCCCGCAUGUACUGGAAGGACCGGCUGGUAAAGAUGAAGAUGGCUGGGCUGAACGCCAUCCAGAUGUACGUGGCCUGGAACUUCCACGAGCCCCAGCCAGGACAGUACCUGUUCACCGGGGACCAUGAUGUGGAACAUUUUAUCCAGCUGGCGCACAAGCUGGGGCUGCUGGUUAUCCUGCGGCCUGGACCCUACAUCUGUGCGGAGUGGGACAUGGGAGGAUUACCUGCUUGGCUAUUAGAGAAAAAAUCUAUUGUUCUCCGUUCUUCUGAUCCAGAUUACCUUGCGUCCGUGGACAAGUGGUUGAGAGUCCUUCUGCCCAAGAUGAAACCCCUCCUCUACCAGAAUGGAGGGCCAAUUAUCAGCGUGCAGGUUGAAAAUGAAUACGGCAGCUACUCUGCCUGUGAUUACACUUACCUGCGGUUCCUGCAGAAUCGCUUCCGCUCCUACCUGGGUGAGAAAGUGCUUCUGUUCACCACUGACGGGGCGCACGAGCGGUUCCUAAAGUGCGGGACGCUGCAGGGACUCUACGCCACGGUGGACUUCGGAGCAGGUACCAACAUCACAAAUGCUUUCCUAAUCCAGAGGAAGACUGAGCCCAAGGGACCCUUGGUCAAUUCUGAAUUCUAUACUGGCUGGUUAGACCACUGGGGCCAGCCUCACUCAGUAGUCAGUACCAAAGCGGUGGCUUCUUCCCUCCAAGAUAUGCUUGCCCGAGGGGCGAAUGUGAACUUGUACAUGUUUAUGGGGGGCACCAAUUUUGCCUAUUGGAACGGGGCCAACACACCCUACCAAGCGCAGCCCACCAGCUACGACUAUGAUGCCCCCCUGAGCGAGGCCGGGGACCUCACGGAGAAGUAUUUUGCCCUGCGAGAUGUUAUUAAGAAGUUUGAAAAAGUACCAGAAGGUCCUAUCCCUCCAUCCACACCAAAGUUUGCAUAUGGAAAAGUUACUCUGAAAAAGUUAAAGACAGUGCAGGAAGCUCUGAACAUCCUGUGUCCCUUUGGACCCAUAAAAAGCAUUUAUCCAUUAACAUUCGUCCAGGUGAAACAGUAUUUUGGGUUUGUGCUGUACCGAACCACACUUCCUCAAAACUACAGCAGCCCAACCCCACUCUCUUCACCCUCCAAUGGUGUCCACGAUCGGGCCUACGUCUCGGUGAACGGGGUCCUCCAGGGAGUCCUCGAGCGAAAUACUGUGAGCACCUUGAACAUAACGGGGAAAGCUGGAGACACCCUGGACCUCCUCGUGGAGAACAUGGGGCGUGUGAACUACGGCAAUGCUAUCAACGAUUUUAAGGGUCUUAUUUCGAACCUGACCCUUAAUUCCAGUAUCCUCAUCAACUGGGAGAUCUUCCCGCUGGACACAGAGAACGCAGUUCGUAGCAGCCUGGAGGCCUGGAAUGGCCGUGACGGUGGCUGCCGCGACAAAGCCUGUGCCCACGGCUCGUCUAACCUCACAGCCCCCGCCUUCUACGUGGCUAACUUCUCGAUUCCCAAGGGGAUCCCUGACUUGCCUCGGGACACCUUUAUCCAAUUUCCUGGGUGGACCAAGGGUCAGGUGUGGAUCAAUGGCUUUAACCUUGGCCGCUAUUGGCCAGCGCGGGGCCCCCAGGUGACCUUGUUCGUGCCGCAGCACAUCCUGCUGACCGCGGGCCCAAACACUGUCAUCGUGCUGGAACUGGAGAGGGCGCCCUGCAGGGACAGUGGCCCGGGACAGUGCAUGGUGGAGUUUGUGGACAAGCCGGUUAUUAGCGGAGCCCAGACCACCAACCGUCUCAAUGCAGACCGAAACUAAGCGCCAUGGCCAGAGAGUAACCCUGUGAAAUUCUAGUCUUGCACAUACCUCACGUUCCCCCUUGGAAUGCCAACCUUCACUGGAAAAUAGAUUCGUGUGGGUGUUAUCACCUGAAGUUGCCCUGCAGCCUCCUGGUGCCUGAUGUACCCACCUCGUCUGGCUGUGUGGACGUGGGGUUGGGGGGGCGGGUGGCAGUUAGGCACCUGCAGAUUUGGAAUGGGAGCUUUCAAGGUCUUUCUGAUUUUCAUUUUGUAAGAAUCAUGCUGUCUUUUUAUUAAAUAAAAUUUGUGUUCAAAUGAUA